AUGGCAGCCAUUCGGGAUCUUCUCAACCCACUUCCUGAAGAGGAUCCUAAACCUCAACUUCCUGAACGUCGUCGCAGAGUAAUCAUGCCAAAAUUACAGACCCCUACUAGACGCCCAGCAAAAACUGGUGCCAUACCUAAGGACGCGCCUCUCUUCCGUGCAGGUGGGACCCGAGGAGAGGUUCGAUAUCCUCCAAACGAAGAUCGAACCCCAGAGCUUGCUCAGAUCCAUCGUGAGUGGAGUAUCUUCCCGUCAAACAAUAUCGACCAUUAUCCUCGAAACAUCCCCUACCAAAGCGACAAGAAGAGUUUCCAGGAGAAGACUGGACGCGACUACUUCAAUGUUUUCCAAUACACAUUCAAGGUCCCCGGCGAAGACACCGAGUGGAUGAUUAUGUGGGACUACAACAUCGGCCUAGUCCGCACCACCCACUUGUUCAAGUGUAUCGGUCACACAAAGACUGCUCCAGGACGUGUUAUUGCAAACAGCGCGGGACUUCGUGAUAUCUGCCACAGUAUCACUGGCGGCUCGCUUGCUGCUCAAGGUUACUGGAUGCCGUAUGGAGUAGCUCGAGCUGUAGCUUUAACCUUCUGCUGGAAAAUCCGUUAUGCUCUGACUCCCGUCUUUGGGAACGACUUCCCCGAUCAGUGCAUUGAGCCUUCCAACGGGGGCCAAACCAGCCUAAGCUCUAUCAUCGUUGACCCAACCAUCAUUCGCCGUGCCGCUGAGAUGAGUGCCUUGUACCGUCUGUAUGAGCUCCAGGAAGGGAAUGGCAACAUUCCUCCCAUUUCUAGCUACCAAAGCAUGACCGCCAACCCCAGACCGGCCAUAGCAAGUGGAGUUAGAAGCGAAAUUCAAGUCAACGAAGGGAACGUUUCAGGCCUGAACGAAGCUGUGGGCGCCCGUCACAGACAGGAGAGCACUCCCCGCCGCCGGCGCCUCACUAAGGUGGCUCGACGCAGCUAUGCACAGAGCCUUUCCAGCGCUGUUGCCUCGGAGGAUGAAGCGAGUAUGUCUUACCAUGGCUCCCCAACAAGCCCUAAGGGCAACACCUUCACGGCAGUCAACAGGCCAAGAGUGUCUCAGCAAAACACCUCCCAGCCUAGCCAGCUGGUUGGUCACCCAGGCUUACUCGUCGAGCAAUCCCGACUGCGUCGCCUCACCAAUUCGCCUUCGGACAAUGAUUCCUUGGGUUCGAUCCCUAGCGUCCUCUCGGCUCUUGGAUCUCCCGGCGGCUCAUCAUCCGAUGAGAAGUCGGCCCCAGAGACCGACGACGAGUACAUGGACGACGACGACGAUGAAGACUCGGAGCCCGUUCGUGGCCGAAGCCUCCGCCGCGAGAAAACGCAGGCGCAGGGCGAGGGUCAGGGAGACCAGGGGAAGAAGCGCAAGAAGAAGCGCCCCACCAUGGGCCCAUCCGGUCUCAGUCGGUACGAAAGUGAGGUACAGGCUGCAGAGGCUCUGGUCGAGUUAAAUCGACAGACCGAUGGGGAGUGCGAGGCAAUUUUGCUGAGCCCUCGCGAGACCGAGAGAGUCCUUCCGUUCGGCUGGAGUUUCAAGUUGGAGCAGGCGUCUUUCAAGAGACGUCACUCUACUUGA